AUGUGGUGGUCUACCUAUACUUUCAAUCAAGCCCAAGGCAUACAAUCACCUGAAUUUGAUUAUCAUCAUUACCAGGAAAUGUUGACAUUUUUACAAAGUUUACAACAUCAACAUCCAUCGAUAUCGCACCUUUACGAUAUUGGUCGAUCUGUUCAAGGCCGUCGACUUUUAGUUUUAGCAAUCGGUAUAAAUCCAAAUCAACAUGUACCUGGCAGGCCUGAAUUUAAAUACGUAGCGAAUAUGCACGGCAAUGAAGCUGUUGGUCGUGAAAUGUUAUUACAUUUAGCGAAAUAUUUGUUAAAUCAUUACAAUAUUAUCGAUGAUAUAACUCAAUUGCUGAAUACAACUCGUAUCCACAUUAUGCCAUCGAUGAAUCCUGAUGGUUUCGAAAUAGCCGUCCAAGGCCAUUGUACAGGUACUCAGGGUCGCUAUAAUGCCAAUUAUAAAGAUCUUAAUCGUAAUUUUGACGAUCCAUACUUAGAAAGGAAGGAAUCUGUUCAGCCUGAAGUCUCUGCUAUAAUGGAUUGGAUCAAAAAGAUUCCCUUCGUCUUAUCGGCCAAUCUACAUGGUGGCACAUUAGUCGCAAAUUAUCCCUACGAUAGUGUCAAACCUCAUCUUAUUCACCAAAAUAUUUAUAGUCGAUCACCAGAUGAUGAUGUUUUUAUCCAGUUAUCUAAAGUUUACGCUAAUAAUCAUCUUCUUAUGCAUUAUGGCCAACCUAAUUGCUCUGAUAAUCCCAGUGAACAAUUUCCCAACGGUAUUGUUAAUGGAGCAAAGUAUUAUCCAAUAUUUGGUGGUAUGCAAGAUUACGUCUACCUGAAUUCUAAUGGGAUGGAAAUCACCUUAGAAUUAGGUUGUUGCAAAUAUCCUAAUAGCAAACAAUUACCUGAAUUAUGGCAAGAAAAUCGUCCUGCAUUAAUUGCGUAUAUUCAAGCAAUUCAUCUUGGAAUCAAAGGAUUUGUUACAGAUGCAAAUGGUAAAGGCAUCGCUAAUGCAGUUAUCCAAACCGAUCAUAGAGAACAUGUAGUGCGAACCGAUCGCUCUGGUGAUUACUGGCGAAUAUUAUUACCAGGAAGAUAUAAUUUCACAAUCUCAGCUGAUGGCUAUCCAACAGUAAAGAGAUCGAUAAUUGUUCCAAAAUACCAACAAUCAAAAUUCUCUGCAAUGGUAGUUAAUUUCACUUUAUCGAAUUCAGCAUAUACUUAUAAUACUCGUUCUACUCCCGGUAUUAUGAGUAUUAUUAUUUGUGCUUUGUUUAGUUUACUAUGGUCAGUUUAA